AUGACGAUAGUGGAGUUGCAAGUGCAUGGAUGGCAAAAACGCGGCAUCCAAGUAAUGGUGCUUCUGAGCUUCGCAAUGCAGCUAGUGCUUCUCGUCCUGGCGGAGUUCCGUCGGCGCAUAGACUCUGGCGUGCUAAGGGCCUUUAUUUGGUCAGCGUUCAUCUUGGCUGAUUCAAUAGCAAUAUACACCCUAGGUCACUUGUCUGUGACGAGCAGGUCAGAAGACCACGAGCUGAUGGCUUUCUGGGCACCAUUCCUGCUAAUACACCUUGGUGGGCAGGACAACAUCACCGCAUACGCCAUUGAGGACAAUCGGCUCUGGUUGCGGCACCUACAGGUACUCGUCGUGCAGGUCGCUGCGGCCGCCUAUGUCCUCUAUGAGUCCGUUGUCGUCGGCACCCAUGCACGGAUCUGGAAUGCCGCAGCCCUCAUAUUUAUGGUGGGCGUUAUCAAGUACGGCGAGAGGGUGUGGGCGCUGAAGCGUGCCGGCACUAGCGCAUCAGGACACACGUACCAGACCUUCGAUAACAGGACAGAUUCUUCAGAAGGACCUCCUACGGAUUGGGGGGACACCGAGGGCCUGCUGCGGAUAGCCCACCUCUUGUUGGAUAUUCCGAAGGAUCUCUUGCAGGGACCAUUGCCCAGAAUAGUGGUACACCUAGGUCAGUACAAACAUCCCAUCCCCUCUGAUAAACUGUUAAAGGUGGUGGAGAUGCAACUCAGCCUAAUGCACGAUGUUGUGUACAGCAAGGCCGAGGUGAUGCACACAUGGUAUGGGCUCUGCAUACGCGUCAUUUCUCCUGUGUUUAUAGUCAUUGCGUUCGUGCUAUUCCAUAGGUCAGAUUUAUCUGCGGGUGACCACCACCAUAGCAGAGCAGACAUUGUCAUCACAUAUGUUCUCUUAGGUGGGGCUGUUACACUGGAGAUGGUAUCAGUGCUAAGGGCCAUGUUCUCGAGAUGGCCAACUGUGAUCCUAGGGAAGUUGUCCUAUGAUGAAGUCAGGGGGAAAAGAAUGAGAAUGUGGGGUUUGCUUGCCCAUGCAAUCGCGUCUAUCCGUCGGUUCGUUCUUCCGAAGAGGGAUGAUUCAAGAUGGUGGUGGUCAAACUCUAUGGGACAACACAACCUAAUUGAUUUGUGUGUUCACAGCAGGGCCAGCCAAGGAAGCAGGAUUGCAAGCUGGAUGUGGAUAGAGGACUGGUGGAACAAAAUGGUAUACUCGAGCUCCAUCACUGUCUCCACAACCAUCAAGGACCUAGUGGUGAAACAAGUUCUCGAGAGUGAGCCGAGCCCCUAUGAAGUCGGCUACUCUAGGGCGAAGGAGGAGGGGCUGGAUCAUAUCACCAAUUCACGGGGCAGAGCGGCCUUAAUUAACUGGCCGCAUUUGGGCAUCAAACUGGAGCGGGUCAUGGUGGAUUUGGAUAAGAGUAUCCUCAUGUGGCACAUCGCCACGGACAUCUACCUCCGUACGCAUAGAGAUCUGUGGUCUAAAGAUGAUGAUGUCCGUCGCCUUGCCGAGGCAAUCAAGGCAAUGUCCGAUUACAUAGUUUUCCUACUUGCAGCACGCCCCCACAUGCUGCCGGACUCCGUCGGCCGCACUAAGUAUGUUGAAAUGUGCUAUUGUCUCACCGGUCUCAGAUACAGCACAACCCGUGAAUUGACUAGUAGAUUGCUAGACUUGUCGACCAAACAGAGCCCAGACUAUUUUACGUCGGUAAAUAUGGUAAAUAUAGCGGAUACUCAGAAGGUGCAACACAUUCGCGAUAAUGAAACACUGGCUGCAGCAUGUGAGCUUGCUCGCGAGCUGAGUGUUGCAAAGCUUGGCCAACCCACUGAUGUGCUGAAGAUGCUCGCGGAAGUGUGGACAGAGAUGUUAUGCUAUACCGGGUACAGAUGCAGCGGGUAUUCUCAUGCCAAGCAGCUCAGCAACGGUGGCGAACUCCUCACCGUGGCUGCCCUUGUGGUGGAGUACUUCAGAAGUUACGUCCUCAAACAUGUGAGCAACCAUGAAUCUGAUCAGUUGCAGGAGCCAUGA